AGGAAAAGUUCUGGGAGACCGUCUUACUACUAUCGACUGCUCCGGAGGUCGCGACUUCAGAGACAGCGAAGCAGAUCCCGGAGCCGGAACAGGCCACUUAGCAGGGAGUCCCCCCCAGAGAGGGCCGGGCAGCGGCGCAGCAUGCCCAGCGGGGUCAUGGAGAAAAAUCCCAGCAUGGAACCCACUGCCACGACGCCAUUCCGUGUCACGGGGUUUCUCAGCCGUCGGCUUAAAGGCUCCAUCAAAAGGACAAAGAGCCAGCCCAAGCUUGAUAGGAACAGCAGCUUCCGGCACAUUUUACCUGGCUUCAGGAGUGUGGACAAUGAAAGAUCCCAUCUAAUGCCGAGGCUGAAAGAAUCACGCUCCCACGAGUCUUUGCUCAGCCCCAGUAGCGCCGUGGAGGCUCUGGAUCUCAGUAUGGAGGAAGAAGUGGUCAUCAAGCCAGUUCACAGUAGCAUUCUGGGGCAGGACUAUUGUUUUGAGGUGACGACUUCAUCAGGAAGUAAAUGCUUCUCCUGUCGCUCUGCAGCAGAACGAGAUAAAUGGAUGGAGAACCUGCGGCGUGCCGUGCACCCAAAUAAGGACAACAGCAGAAGGGUAGAGAAUAUGUUAAAGUUAUGGAUUAUUGAAGCCAAGGACCUGCCAGCCAAGAAGAAGUACUUGUGUGAAUUAUGCCUGGAUGACGUUCUUUACGCACGAACUACCUGUAAAUUGAAAACUGACAACGUCUUUUGGGGGGAGCACUUUGAAUUUAAUAACCUCCCGUCGCUCAAAACCAUUACGGUGCACUUAUACAAAGAGACUGACAAGAAGAAAAAGAAAGACAAGACCAACUUCAUCGGGCAGGUGAAUAUCCCUGUGGGCUCCGUAACGGGGCGGCAGUUUGUGGAGAAGUGGUACCCUGUAGUCAGCCCCAACCCCAGCAAGGGCAAGUCUGCAGGGCCUAUGAUCCGCAUCAAGUCGCGCUACCAGAGCAUGAGCAUCCUCCCCAUGGAGAUGUACAAGGAGUUUGCUGAGUACAUCACUAACAAUUACAUGGUGCUGUGCUCAGUGCUGGAGCCUGCGCUGAGCGUGAAGAACAAAGAGGAGAUGGCCUCUGCACUGGUCCAUAUUCUGCAAAGCACUGGGAAGGCCAAGGAUUUCUUGACUGACCUGAUGAUGUCCGAAGUUGACCGCUGUGGUGAAAAUGAGCACCUCAUUUUCCGAGAGAACACGCUGGCCACGAAAGCCAUCGAGGAGUACCUGAAGCUGGUGGGGCAGAAGUACUUACAGGAUGCCUUAGGGGAGUUCAUCAAAGCUCUGUAUGAAUCAGAUGAAAAUUGCGAGGUGGACCCCAGUAAGUGCUCAUCCUCGGACCUUCCUGAACAUCAGAGCAACCUGAAAAUGUGCUGCGAGCUGGCCUUCUGUAAAAUCAUCAAUUCUUACUGCGUCUUCCCAAGGGAACUCAAAGAGGUGUUUGCUUCGUGGAGACAAGAGUGCAGUAACCGUGGCCGGCCAGACAUCAGUGAGCGGCUCAUCAGUGCCUCCUUAUUUCUCCGGUUCCUCUGUCCGGCCAUCAUGUCCCCCUCCCUCUUUAACCUGCUCCAGGAAUACCCCGAUGACCGCACUGCGCGCACUUUGACCCUCAUUGCCAAGGUCACACAGAACCUCGCCAACUUUGCAAAGUUUGGCAGCAAAGAGGAGUAUAUGUCCUUUAUGAAUCAGUUUCUGGAACACGAAUGGACUAACAUGCAGCGAUUUCUGUUGGAGAUUUCCAAUCCAGAAACCAUCUCGAACACAGCUGGCUUUGAAGGCUACAUCGACCUGGGCCGGGAAUUGUCCACUUUGCACUCUCUACUGUGGGAGGUCAUUUCUCAGCUCGAGCAGGGCACUGUAACGAAACUUGGGCCCCUGCCUCGGAUUCUGAGGGAUGUCAACACGGUGCUCAGUAACCCAGCGUGUGUGCAGGUCUCCGUCACAGCUGACCAUACUGCAUCAACUCCAAAUGCUGGCAACAGCAUCUCUGUGGGGCUACAGAAAAUGGUGAUAGAGAAUGACUUAUCUGGUCUGAUAGAUUUCACACGGUUACCGUCUCCAACCCCUGAAAACAAGGACUUGUUUUUUGUCACAAGGUCUGCUGGGGCCCAGCCCUCGCCCGCCCGAAGCUCCAGCUAUUCGGAGGCCAAUGAGCCCGACGUGCAGAUGUCCAAUGGCAGCAAGAGUUUGUCCAUGGUGGACUUGCAGGACAAUCGGAUUUUGGACAGUGGGGCAAAUGCACCUGGGGCCGCUGACUCCCUCAAUGACAGUCAGUCGUCUGUCGGGCAGUUACAGGGCAUGUGGACUGCACGAACUCCGCAGAACAACGUGACUGGCAUGGCCACGGUGCGCAGGGUAGGCCAGACCCCCACCACGCCCAACGCCGAGAGCGCGCCCGGCAGGCCCCAGCUUUUAGCACCUUUAUCGUUCCAGAACCCGGUGUACCAGAUGGCAGCUGGGCUUCCACUGUCCCCCCGGGGCUUGGGGGACUCUGGCUCUGAGUGCCACAGCUCCCUGAGCUCCCACAGCAACAGCGAGGAGCUGACGGCCAACAAGCACGGCUUUGUCAACCCUGCCGGGAGCGAGGACUUCACCCGGCGGACGGGGGAGCUGGCCCGCCGGCAGCUCUCUCUGACGGAGAAAGGUGGCCAGCCCACCAUGCCUCGGCAGAACAGCGCCGGCCCCCAGAGGCGGAUAGACCAACCGCCCCCUCCCCCGCCACCAGUCACAAGGGGCAGGACGCCCCCCUCACUGCUGAACACAGUUCAGUACCAGAGACCAUCCAGCGGGAGCAUGAUGUCCUCCUCCCCCGACUGGCCGGGCAGCGGGGCUCGCCUCCGGCAGCAGUCCUCCUCCUCCAAGGGCGACAGUCCGGAGAUGAAGCAGCGCACCAUGCACAAACAGGCCCCUUCUCCUGUGAACCCCAAUGCCCUGGACCGCACUGCCGCAUGGCUUUUGAAUAUGAACAUGCACUUUUUAGAAGAUGAAAGCAUUGACCCAGAGUCCAAGCACAGGGAUAAGCUCAGGAAUAAGGACGAGCUCAGCCAAGCAGAAAAGGACCUGGUGGUGCUGCAGGACAAGCUCCGCAUCUCCAACAAGAAACUGGAGGAGUAUGAAAACCGGUUCAAAUGCCAGGAGGAGACGACCCAGAAAGUGAUGCUGGAGUACCAGGCCCGGCUGGAGGAAAGCGAGGAACGGCUCCGCAGACAGCAGGAAGAUAAAGAGAUCCAGAUGAAGGGGAUCAUCAGCAGAUUGAUGUCGGUCGAGGAGGAAUUAAAGAAAGAUCACGCGGAAAUGCAGGCGGCAGUGGAUUCCAAACAGAAGAUUAUUGAUGCCCAGGAGAAACGUAUUGCUUCACUGGAUGCGGCCAACGCACGGUUAAUGAGUGCCCUUACUCAGCUGAAAGAGAGGUACAGCAUGCAGACACGUAACGGGAUCUCCCCCACAAACCCAACUAAAUUACAGAUUACAGAGAACGGAGAAUUCAGAAACAGCAGCAAUUGUUAA